UUUAAAUUUAUUAUUUGUGAAUUAUUAAAAUAUUUAAUAAAUAAAAAUGGGAGUCAAUUGUGGUGUACCUGGAUGCGAAAGUAAAGUGAGUGAAACAAAAAUGCAUGUGUUACCUGGCGAUAAUCGAUUUAAGAUUUGGGCUACAUUCAUUGGACGUCCGGACUUGGAUAUUUCAAAACGAAAAUCUUACCGUAUUUGCGAUAAACACUUUCCGGAAGAAAUGAAAUAUGCUACAUUUCACAAUGUUACAAAUCUUAAAAAGACUGCUUUGCCGGUUAAUAAAGAAGUCCAGAGAAAUGCAGAUGUGGAAGAGGCGUAUUCUUCUUUGGAGGUGAAUGUUUCAAGGCCAAAUGAAUUGGUUCAAGAACCUGGUAGUUUGAAAGAAUUAGCUGUUCCUGGUCCGAGUCGUUUGGUUCAAGAAAAAUCACCUCCUAGAACACCUGUGUCUCUACAUGGUGCAGAGUAUUUGGACUCAUUAACAAAAGUUAGAUUGUCGCCUCAGAAAAAGCGAUUGUAUAUUACAGCACGAAAAUUUCAACGGCGGGCAUCAUACCAGCUUCGCAAGUCGUUAAAUUUUCAAGCUCGCUUAAAAAAAGCAGAACAAUUCUCGUCGCAAGCAAGUUUCAACAAACUUACAGAAACUCUGAACGAGAAUUGCAGAAAGUUUUUUUUGAGUCAGAUUAGUUGCUCAAAAAAGAAAAUGAAGGGGCGUCGAUUUUCCACAGACGACAAGGUUAUGUCUCUGGCUUUGUUUAAACAGAGCCCAAGUGGAUACAGAUUGCUAUCCAAGAUAUUUGCGCUUCCGUCAAGAGUCACCCUGAUGAAAUUUUUAAACCGCUUACCCGUGUCACCAGGACUUAAUUUGGAAAUCUUUAAUGGACUUAGUCGAAUGGUGAAUAGACUCGAUCCUUCAAACCGGACAUGCGUCUUACUUUUUGACGAAAUGAGUCUAUCACGUAAUUUGACGUAUAAUGUCCAUAAAGAUUGCGUUGAAGGUUUUGAAGAUUUUGGGGAUCACCAAACCGAUAAGAUUGCGGAUCAUGUACAAGUUUUUAUGUUAAGAGGAAUUGUCCAAAAUUGGAAACAGCCGGUGCUAUAUCAGUUCGUGAAUGGAGCCGCAAAAGGGCCACAAAUAGUAAAGGCCAUUAAAGAAAUUAUUUUGGCUGCUCAAAAUGCUGGAUUUAAUGUUGUCGGUACUAUUUGUGACCAAGGGUGAAAUAAUAUCAACGCGAUCCAUCGUUUACUAGAGGAUACGCGGGGAAAAUAUUUGGCCCGAGGUGAGGAACUCAGGCAUCAAGUUUUUGAAAUUGGAGAUUCAACAAUAAUUCCUCUCUUUGACACUCCCCAUCUCUUAAAAGGUAUAAGAAAUAAUUUGUUAACAAAAAAUAUUUCAUUCCAGAUCGACGGUGAAAAAAAAGUGGCGAAGUGGAACGAUAUCCUGAAGGCAUGGACAUUGGACUCUCCAAGUGGCGAUCUUAGAGUCAUGCACAAGUUGACGGAGCAUCAUGUCAAUCCAAAAAUUUUAAAAAAAAUGAAAGUUUCUGUUUGUGCCCAAAUUUUUAGUCGUUCAGUUGCGGCAGGAAUCAAUUUAAUGGCCAAAAGUGUAAAUGGACAAUAAUUUUUAAAAUUUGAUUUUCUACAUUUCAUCACUAGCAAAGUGUAAUUCACUAUUGGUGAAACGAAAAUGGAGAGGCGCGCUACAGAAACGGCAGUUUUUUUAAAAUUUAUGGAUGAUGUGUUCGAUAGCGUCAAUGGUUGCGGACCUUUCAACGAAGGAGGAAAAAAACUCAAAACUCAGAUUGAUCUUAAGGAAGGGGAUAGCUUACAAGUAAAGUUUUGGAGAGAGGCUAUCCCCAUUUUCAAAAGUAUGGAAUGCCACGACUCGAGUGGAAGACGAAUGACACGCCCACCGACUUUCAAAAAUUGGGUGUUUACGUUGACAAAUUUAAUUUUACUGACGAAUAAAUUAAAGGAUCUUGGAAUAAAGACGUUGGUUCCCAGGUUUUUGAACCAAGAUCCUUUAGAGAAUUUUUUCGGUAAAGUUCGUCAACGAGGAAGUCGGUGGUCGAAUCCAUCGUGCCAUGCUUUUGGACCGUUUUACAAAUCUCUUCUGGUCACUAACUUAGUUAGUAAACAUUCUGUGGGAGGGAAUUGUGAAGAUGAUGGGUCGGAUUUGCUGAUUCCAUUGCAAACAUUUAUCCUACAGAGUGAAGUUUUGAGUAAUAUUUUCAAUGAUUUAGAAAAAAAUGCUAUUGCAUAUGUAGGCGGGUACAUCUUAAAAAACAUUAAAAUAAAAAAGUGUGAGAAGUGUAAGUAUAAUGUGUUUUUGCAGCAGGAGGAGGAAAAUGAAUUUUUAAAUUUUGUGCGCGAAAAAGAGUUUGGGGGGGCCGUUGCUACUAGGCUUAAUUAUAUAAAUAGUAGAUUUUUAUUAAAUAUGACUAAGGCGUAUAAU